AUGUCACCCUCUCUGCCUUUCAAUGUAUCCGCCGAACUGGCCGCCUUGAAGCACGAGAAGAAAAACCAUGACCUCCAUAGGCUUCCUCCAAGUACUACGAUCAGGCGACGGCCACUUGAUCAUCCCUCGGUCCCUGACAUACGAGCCGGCGCCAAAAUCCCCAAAGUUGUCUAUGUUUCCCGACGAACACCUGUGGUUGCUGCGGUCAAGCGAGUCAAGAAGAUGCUGGGGUUAAUAGAGAAACGGGCACUUCAGGAUGCCGGCGCAACAAUCAGAUCCAAACACAAGAGUGCGAAUAUCGCGGAGGCCAACGAAAGGAUAGCGGAAAGCAGGGAGGAAGUCCUCGUCAAAGCCAGUGGAAGGGCCAUGGAGCAAGCGCUACGCGUUGGCGAGUGGUUUAGGAACAAGGAGAAAGAAGUGCUUUGUAACGUCGAGGUCAGGACAGGCAGUGUGAGCGUGAUUGAUGAUAUCGUGGAGCUGGACCAGGAAGACGAGGACGUCGAAGAACAGCCUGUCGAAGAAGUUCAAGAGGUGUCCAAGAACGAAUGCGGGGAUACCACAUUGGAGUUGUUGGGCGACGUUACUACAGUCACGAUGGAGCAGAUGUCUAGCAGUAAUGCUGGACAACAGUUGACGGGCGCGGACCUAGGGACAGAAGAUCCACCAGUCAAGCAGACUAGGAGGAAGAGAAAGAGAAAGAGACCAGUGUACAAGGAUGAUGAUCUGCCCGAGGCACGCCUGAGAUGGAUCAAAACCGUUGAAGUUGCAAUCUCUUUGCAAGGCUGA